GUGUCAUCCGGGUUCUUAAAUAUAACUAGAAAUGAGAGUAAAGAAAAAUGAAUGAAUAUCUACUAGAGCGCAAUAAUGAGAAGGACAAAGAGUGUUAUAGUCCUUGGAAUGAUAGCUUGUCUACUGGUGUUUAAAUCUUAUUUUAAUAACGCAGUUUUGUUUAUGACUGACCAAUCUAGUAAGAAGGAGAGUAUACGGGUAAAAGAACUAACAGACACUGACAAUCAUGUCCAUCCAACACCUAUUGUGAUAUUAACCUAUAUGAGAAGUGGUUCCUCUCUUGUCGGAGAUAUAUUACAGCAGAGUAAAGAUGUAUUUUAUUUGUUUGAACCACUCAGACUUCCACAGUUUCGACUAAGGAAGAAACAGCCCUACUAUAGCCUUGAUGGGAAUGAAAGGUUAUAUAGCAGUUUCCUUGACGCUGGCAGAGAUAUAAUAAGAAACUGGACAACAUGUAAUUUAUUUGGACUCCCGAACAUUACCUGGAGCGAUGGGUUUCUUUCUAAAAGCAAAAAAGCAAAACUAUAUAAUGCUUGCAAACUGUUUGAAUCCAACAUGCUACCUGAAAACGAAACGAUAUAUAGUUGUGUCAACAUGCUAAAACAAGUAUGCUUACAGGCUAAUUAUGUCGUACUUAAAAUAAUCCGACUUCCCGUCGAUCAGUUGGAACCACUAAUGCUGGAAUUCCCGCGUAUGAAAAUUGUUCAUCUUAUUAGGGACCCGCGGGCAACAGUUUUAUCACAAAUGAAAUUUGGAGUGAUAACAGUAAAAUCGUUCGUGACAAAUGUCAUAGAUUUUUGUUCUAGAAUAUACAGGGAUCUCGUAACUAUUGAUAUAUUAUCAAAAAAGUAUCCGCAACGAGUUUUAACAUUUUUCUAUGAAGAUCUUGCCAAAGAUCCUAUAGAAAUGUCAAAACAAUUGUACAAAUUUACAGGCUUAAGUUACACGCCGGAAGUGGAAAAGUAUGUUUUCAAUAUUACCAUGGCGGGAAAAUCCGUCAAAUGUGGGAAUUUAUGUACAGUAAAAUCGAAUUCAUCAAAAGCAGCAGAGGCUUGGCGGUCAAAGUUAAAUAUGCAAAAAGCUCGAAUAAUUGAUAGGUCAUGUAGACCUGUGUAUCAACGGUUAGGAUUCAAGGAAAUAAAGAGUGAGGAAAUGUUAAAAGAUGACGAAAUCCCUUUGAGAGUAGAACGUGAAAAUCUAAAUGACUAUCGUUAUGCAUGACCAAGCGAACUUGGGUAACACAGUUUAUUGUUCGUGAUUAGUAUAUUUUUAAACAUGUUGCUGCGGAAAGGAUUUUGUUUUACUAAAUGUAAAUUUGUUUGUGUCAUGUCGUGUCAUGUCGUGUAUUGAUUUUGUCUACAAGAAGUAUUUGCGCCUUUCCUUAAGGAUGUACUUAGGUGAAAUUUGAUUCUAUAAGUCAAGAGAGCAUGAGUUACAAAACAAAUACACUAAAUAUAUUAAUAGGAUCAGAUUUCCUUUUAAGUUUAAUAAAAAUGGCGAGAAAGGCUGACUCGGACUAUUACCUUUUAUUUGCAUUUUUAUUAUCGGGGUUUCAAAUCGAUAGAAAAGAAAUCUGCUUAAAUUUUGGAAAACAACAUUUUAUGAGCUAUUGAAGCUUUAUUUGAAAAAAGGGUAAUAUGGGGCACACUAUUUAACUCUGUAUCAUAGGGGGGAAUGAGUCUGAAAAUCAGACAAAAAUUCCCAAACCUACUAAGGACAUCCUAAAGUUAUUCUAAUAUAUCAUUAAAAAUCAAAAUGCAAUUCCCCAAAUUUCUCAAAAUUGAUACAAUAUUAUCAAACUAAAUGUCCUUAAGAAUAUAUCUGUUUACCAUCUGUAACUAGGAUUCGAUAUUCCUAACAAUAUGUUGAAACAAGAAAUCCUUAUUUUAAAGAUAUAAAUGAGACUUUUAAUCAGAAUCACAAGUAACAAAAAAAUCAAUUUAUUUGAAUUAGAGAAAAAAUAAUGGUUUAAAAGUUUAUUUGUUUUUCACCUUUUCUAAGGAUAGAGCAUUUAUCAUAAGUAUGUUAUUGAAUUUCCGGCAAGUGAGUGGGAAAAAUAAAAUAGUUUUGUAAGUGAUUUA